GACUCAAAUGAUGAUGAAGGUGCAGAGUCAAAGAUGCGAGAAACGAAAAAGGAUCAACGCGGCGUUCUCGGUGCUUACUCUGGAUGACUUCCUCCAUGUAUCAGUCAAGUAUAUUAACAGUGUCCGCAAUCAACCUUUGCAACCAAACUCACUGAUAUCCGAACUUUCAUAAUGGCUGCUCCACAGUUUGCAGUCCCCGUGGAAUUUUGUAGCCUUGUUCGAUAUGUCGAGUCUAAAGAUCCUCGAUCGGACGAAGACUUACUCGAGGCCUUGACCAAAUAUGUCCCUAUUGAAGGAGGAUCGGAGAAAAAUAUUUGGACGUUUUGGCAUUCGGGCAUCCAAUCAAUGCCAGCAUGGUGUCAGCGGAAUAUCUUCAACUGGAUUCGCUUGUGCGGCCCAUCGUGGACCGUUCGCGUUCUUGACAAUAUUCCCGGAUCACCAAACAAUGCUUUGAAGUGGGCUGAAUCUUCGGAGAUCAAGCUCCCCGAUACAUUUGUGAAGGGUACUAUGGAUGGGCCGUACACUGGACCACACAGUGCGGAUUUUCUUCGUGGCGUGUGCUUGUAUCUCUAUGGAGGUGUUUGGAUGGACACUGGCAUCAUUCUCAUCCGAGAUCUGGACAGAAUAUGCUGGAACCAACUGGCGGAUCCUUCAUCGCCAUUUCAAGUCUCAACUCCACUGAUGUAUGGAACGAUCAUUGCCAACCACUUUGUUGCAAGCAGGAAGGGCGACCCAUUCAUCAAACGCUGGCAUGAUAUCUUCAUCCACAUGUGGGAAGGCCAAACUAGCUCCGCAAACAUCAUCCAGCAUCCACUUGCAGCAAUCGGUGCUACUAUCAAAUUCGAAGACUCCGAAGCUAGAGGUUUCAAGUGGGAGUUCAAAGUCGAGCCUCAAUUUGUCACCGGAUACAUCGCACAAGUCUUGGCAUGGAUGAGACUAAGCGCUCUCGAGGAACCCAACGGCUUCAACGGACGAGACUAUGCAGCAGAGAAAAUCCUACUCUUCGACGCCCUAGACGAAGACUGGGGCGCCGAAACAGUGGUUGGCUUCGAGGGCCAGGCGUUGUUCGAUGCACUUGCUACAAAGUGCGGUCCGGACGCCGAUCACGAUUCUGAGGCGUACAAGUUGGCGUACAAGAAUGCUUGGAGGAUUAUUACAAAGUCGAGUAUGCAAAAGAUUACUCAUGGGAAGAACUUGACGAAGACACCAGCGCUUGGUGUUCUUUGGGAUGAGAAGGAGAAUCAAGGGAAGGAUGUGGAACCGGGGACGUUCGUAGAGUUACUCAGAUACGGGAGUGUGAAUCUUGAGCAGACACGAGAGAGUAUUCGCUACGUCAAGGGUGAGAAGCCGGAGCUGGUCAUCAGAAAGGGGUUGUUGGAGCCGUAGAUCACUUGUCAUUCGGGAAUACAAGCUUUUAGACAAUAAUAUUUGAGUGGUAGACUUUCUCAAAUGAUCACCAUUAUGU